AUGAGUUUUAUUAACCAAUUUUCUAUUAAUUUUGAUCAAUUCAACUCAAAGUAUCAUUGAAUUGAAAUUCUUGUCUUCAAUAAAUAAAAAGGCUUUGUCCUCACCUAGAAAUUUCUCUCUUAUUCUAUUUUGCUAUUAUGAUGUUUGGCAUAUCACUGAGCCUUUAGCCAUUAUCAAACCAAGCAACACAAUGGAGCUACUGCCCCUGGAAUUUAUACCGCUUGGCAUUCGACUGAGCAGGAUACUCUUAAGUGAAGUGCACGCAAAAGUCAAGUAAUACCAAGGCUAACACAACUUGUAAGACUAUCGGCGUCCGACUGGUAGUUAUAGCUGGAAAGCUUGAGUACCACUAAUAAAAAUGAGGCUAAGAACUCUGCUCUGUGGAGGUAUCAACACUUAAUAAACCACAUAUUUAUUAAAUAAAUAGAAUUUCUUGUCUUCAAAUUUUUAUAUAAAUAUAUGAAACAUUUAUAUGUUUUCUUCAUCAUUCUAGCCCAUGUGCAGUCGAGUAAAUUUAAUUUAGGCUCCUUCACAGCAUUUGAAGUCACGUGCAAGAACUAUCAAAUAAGACAAGUAACAGAUAACUAUAUGAGUGUUAAACCAUAUACUACUCUUCCUUCAGGCUCUCAAUUUAAAGUUAUAUAUCCUUCAGCUUUCACAAAUUUACCUUCAGGCACUGUAUCUUGCUCUUUUACAGGGAUAACUGGCGGCCAAUGCCAAUUUUCAGGCAAUACCUUGUAUAUUACCAAUUUCACACCAUCAAAUUCUCCAACAUUAACUUUUACCAUUUCAAGUAUCACAAACCCUACUUAUGCAGGAAUUACAGGAACUUUUCAGAUUUAUUCAUUAAAAUCAGAUGGAACGAUCCUUGACAGCACAACUUCAGGAGUUACACUAAAUUUUACUCCCUUGAGCAUGGGAUCUGUUACUCUCUCCACUGAAAACCAAAUAGUAGCAAGCCCUUGCAAGUGAACUUUUGAUGCGACCAUAAACAACAGUGUUGGCAGUAAUGGCGCAUUUGUAGUAAGCUUUCCAAGCUGAAAUUCACAGCUAGGAGCAGCUGAUACAGAAAUUAGGUAUUUCUGUGAUGGAACGGUGACAUGCACAGGAGUUACAAGUAAUUUUUAAUUAGAUCUGCCUUCAUCACUUCCGUGCACGUGCUCAAAAGGCAUAGCUACAAUAACUUUGUCAUCCGGUUUAUCUGCUUCAAGGGAUAAAUAAAAUAUGCGUCUUCGUCUGGGCAUGGCCGGGAGGCCAUGCAUACUCGACUUAUAUUUUAUUUAUAUCCGGUAAGGUUUUACUACUUCAGAAAUGGACAGCAAUGCUAGGUAAGCAAUUCUGGUUGUGUUCAGAGCCUAGCCCAAGUCUAAAUUCAAGGGUGGUUUUUUCCUCGUGGGGAAGAUGAACACGGAAGUCGGUAAGGGGAAGCCCAGCAGAGUCCUCUGGACCAUUCGGGCAACUCCCUAGCGUGAAACUGGGCGUUACGUCCAAGGCUUUCGAGUUCUACCUUCUACCGACAGUCGACCAGAGAAUCCAUUUUUUAUGGAUUUUCGGGAAGACAACCCACAUUGUGCGAAUCCCUUGCUUGUGGCAACAAGGAGGGUUUCCGCCGAGGCCUCACCAUGAGCGAUGGAGCGUGUAAGGGUGCAAAUCCCUAACCCUGUAAGUGCUAACGGCUUAAUCUAAUCUAAUCUAAUCUAAUCUAAUCUGCUUCAAGGGUUGUUUUUACAAUUUCACCAAUUUUAAAUCCUCCGAGCACUGACGUUUUUACAGGGAUUAUCGUUUCAACUUCAUAUAGUGGUGGACUAAUUGAACAAAGCUCCAGUUUAUCUGUUCAAAUGACUAAAUCAACGACUUUAGAAAUCUAUUCUAUGUGAAUUGAUGACGAAAAAGUUGGUGCUCAAGCAAUUUAUUAUUUCUACACCAAUUGCUCUGCACCUGUCAUAUCGACUUACAAUAUGCAAAUUACUUUUCCGACUGGAGAAAUUACAGCAACGACAGGCGUAACAACUGUAGAAGGUGUUAUAUGGGUUAACCGUAAUAAUCUCGUAUAUACGAUUUCAAAUGAUGUUUUGACUCUAACAGGGCCUUUUACUCAAUACAUUGACUGAUAUAAGUCUAUUGAAUUUCAAGUAUUGAGCUUAUCAAACCCGCCAUCCACAAAGCCAACUCAACAAAUUCAGAUUAAAAUAAGUACAUCAAACGGAGGAACUGUUUGUUCAACAACAUCAACAACUGGAUAUAGUAUGACUGCGACUCCUUCGACGAUUUCAAGCAUAUCAAUUACACCAUCAGACAAGACAAUUGAUGCAUCAACAUCAUAUGCUUUUUCGUUCACUCCCGUCGUCUCCAUUCUUUCCGGGAGUGUAAUUACAAUAACAGUGCCAUCGCAAGUCUCAAUCAGUGACAAAUCAGCAAGCUUUAUUAGUUCUAUCACUUCUGGACUAGACUCAAAUGCCCAAUAUUCAGUAGCUUCAAAUGCAAUUACGAUUUCAAGUGGAUUUCCAAGUCAACUAGCAGCCUCAAGCGUAAUUUCUUUUUCUCUCUCAGAUCUGACAAAUCCACCGACAACAGCUACCUCAUCAGUAUUUACAAUUACUAUUUAUUCAGAUUCAACUUUAGAUUACUCAGAAGUUAAUGAUCAAUCUGCAACAGUCACAGCUACAUCUGGAUCCCUUCAAUCAGUUACUGUGACUCCUUCUUCUUAUACAACAGGUGAUUCAUCUACAUCGUACACAUUCCUCAUUAUUACUAGAAAUAAAAUGGAGAAGUUAACGGAAAUUGGUCUCUGAGGCGAGCUCCCAUGGAGCAGGUCUGACUCAUCCUGAUGAAGCUGAAAAUAGAGCCUCUAUCUAUUUUUAAGCAGGCUUUGGGUUUGGAGAUGCCUUGCCGAAGAGGGAAUUUUUUGUUUUGUCUCCUGAAGGCAUUCCUGUCCCUGCCAGAUGGACUAGACAGGUUUUGCCUCUCACAGGGUUUUUGUCUAUUAGGACUAUCGGGGCACCAGAUAGAGGGUGGCUCUAUAGGGAGCUGAUCCUUAGGUUAGGUGAGUUUCGCCAGAAAAUUCAAGAAGGUAUAAUUUUGGUUGGGCGUUGCACAGUUUGCACUCAAGUAUAUAUGCACCCAGCGUAGGCCACCUCUCCUGGAGUCAAAGUAGUCCGGCUAGCAGGAGUCUCGCUUAUGGAUUCAUAAGAAUGGCGGGGCGAGCCAACCCAACCUCCCGGUGUAUCCAGCCAGGUUUUACUUGGUUUGGUGGAGCGCAAUGUCUAGUCGGCAGACCGCAGGCUCACAUCCAAGUACCAGUGAGGUUUCUCCUUAAUGAUCGGAAAUGUUCCCCUGCGCGAUGCAAGGGGUUGUUUCCUGAGCUACGCAUUUUCAUCUUGGCCGACAGGUGACCAACAAUUUUUUUCUCCAAAUUAUCUAUAAGCCAAACCCCUUGGCGUACGACACGGUGACCCAAACUUUCUGACUACCAGGGAGCAUGUGCAAGCCCUUGUCUGGUAGGAGCGAGACUUUAAAGAUCGUGAGAUGAUUGUCGGCGAAGUAGAUGAGUGGAGCGUUAUGGAAGGGAAAAAGGAUCUUCGGAUCCCGGCAGGGAGCUUUUAAGUGUAAGUGUAAUGGAGUCCCGCUUAUGGCAAUAUAAAACUUUUAACUUAACUCAUUACUACUGGCCAUAAAAUUGUUGCUGGCGGUCAAGUUCUUAUAAGUUUUCCAUCAGAUGUCUCUAUAGUGUUUUCAACCGCUACCUGCUCUAAUCCUAUUGGAUUUAGUUCAGGCUACUCGUGUUCAUUUACCUCAUCAAGUGUCACUAUAACUUAUGGAUUUCCAAGCGAUUUUCCUCAAGGACAAAUCGGGAUAACUGUUUCAAGCAUAACAAAUCCUGGGACUACCAAGCCUACAAACACUUUUAGUGUAACUUCAAGCUACCAAGGAUCCUUAAUAGACACACUUACAAGCGGAAUAACAAUUGCUAUGACCCAAGCACAUUUAUUAACGAGUGCUUCUUUUACCCUUGGAAGCACCACUGUGGGAGCUACUGCAGACUUAAAAGUUGCUAUAUCCCCUUAUAACUCAAUGGCCUCUGGGUCCUAUGCUCUAAUUACUCCGCCUUCCCAAAUUGAAUUUCCUUCAUCUCCUACAUGUGUAUCUCAAUCAUCAAAUCUGCAAAGCGUUUCUUGCAGCAUCUCUGGAAGUGCUUUAAAAGCAGCUUUUACCUUAGCUUCAACUUCUACUUCAGAAAUUGAUUUUUCAAUUAAAAACGUAGUUGGUCCACCGUCUACAAAGCCAACAGAUACUUUUAGUAUUUUUACUUAUAUAUCAGGAUAUUCUAUUGACUAUAUCAGCUCAGGGGUUUUUGUGAGUGCAAGCACUCCUGCAACUAUGGUAGCUAGUGUAACUCCAACAAACACUGGAAUAGCUCAGACAACUUCUUAUACCUUUACGCUGAAUACACUUCAUACUGUAGCAAGUGGAGGAUAUGUGAUCAUUGUUUUUCCCUCUCAGGUGUCGUAUUCAGGUAUUACAUGCACUUAUAACUCUCAGGCGGUAAGUUGUGAAGAUAAAGGGAGCAAUACUAUAUGGGUAAGUCCAUUUGCAAGUGAUUUUACUGCAGGAAAACUGACUUUCAUUGUAAAUAAUGUAGAAAAUUAUUCUCAGCCAGGAACUUCUGGGGCUUUUCAAAUAACAACAAUGACUUCUGAUAACUAUAAAAUUGAUUAUAGUGGCUCUGCAGCAGUCACGUUCACCUGUGCGUUGCCUAAAUACUCAUAUCAAAACAAUUGCGUUGAUAACUGUCCUGAUGGAACUUAUGCUAAUGGCUCUGAAUGUUCUAGCUGUGCAACUGGAUGUGCUACUUGCUCUGGAUCCUCAACUAAUUGUUUGACAUGCUCAUAUAAAUAAAAUUGCAUUCGGUCUGAGAGAAACUAGCUCCUCAUGGAGUUUUUAUUUAUGGGUUUGGUUUUACCUUGAGAAUUUUAGCACAGCUGCAGCAACUUAAAUUUGGGGAUAGCCAGAGAAACUGCUCCUCAGUGAAUCAAGAGGCUUGGAUUUUUACCACUUAGCUCACCCGUGGAGGGUAACCCUUAGGCGUAGCAUGCGCUGGAGGUAAGUCAGACAAGAACGACGAUCAAGCCAUGUGAGAAGUGCAGCCUUAAUUGGCGGCGGCAUGUCAAGGAAUGCCUGCCCAUAUUGUUCGCCAUUUUAAGUGACAGAAUGACCCGUGAUGUUCUUAGGGUCUAAUCCCUUUUAAAAGUGAGUAGUAUCGACACCUUAAAGACCGAAUAAUAAGUUAACUUAAGUUUGACGUGCUCACAAGGAUAUUACUUUUACCAAAAUACUUGCGUCGACACAUGUCCAUCUGAUAUCACAAUUGUGAGUGGAAGUAAUUGCAUAAGCUGUCAAUCCCCUUGCAAAACUUGUUCUGAUUCUAUCACACAUUGCAAUUCAUGCACAUCAGGGUAUUAUCUCUAUAAAAAUGCUUGCACCAAAACUUGCCCAACUGAAACUACUGUCAUCGUUGGGAGUUCUUGUGUUGAUUGUCAGUCGCCAUGCUCAACAUGCUCUUUAUCUAUUACAAACUGCACUUCAUGCACAACAAAAUACUAUCUUCACCAAAAUAGCUGUUUAGAUUCCUGCCCAAAAGAAACUACAAUCACCAAUGGAACUGACUGUUUAGACUGCGAAUCUCCUUGCUCAACCUGUUCAGAAUCCAUCACAAACUGCACGCUUUGCAUUUCAGGAUACUAUUAUUAUAAAAAUACUUGCUUACAAACUUGUCCGACGAGCACUACAGUCCCAAGUGGAACCUCUUGUGUGGAUUGUCAGUCUCCCUGCAGUACCUGCAGCUCUUCAAUCACUUCUUGUACUUCUUGUAUAUCAGGCAUGAAUUUAUAUGGAAACCAAUGUGUAUCUACAUGCCCAGAUGGAUAUACUUCUAUAAGCAGCAUUUGUCAGCAAUGCUCAACUAAGUGUAAAACAUGCUCACAAACAAUAGACACAUGCACAAGCUGCUAUUCUGGGGAUCAUUUAGAUAAUAUUACAUGCAGCCCAGACUAUAGCACUACUUUAUUAUUAGAUACAGUCCCAUUUCCUGUUAGUACAAGUGGGACUGUUCUUUCAGGAAUCAGUGCAGCUUCUAAAGUGCUUUUUCCAUCUACUGGAAUGACCUCAGGCACUCUUGCUAUGUGAGGAGUAAUUGAGCCAAUCAGCUGAAUUGGUGUAAUAGGUGGCCUUAGUUCUUCAACGUCAACUCAUGGUAGAACUCUAUUAGCAACUGAUGAAUUUCCUAUAUAUGUCCCUUUUAUUUUGCUUUUAUCGUUUUUAGUGCUGCAUGUUCUAUUAAAUUUGAUUUUUUGUGUGAUUUAUUACCACAAAAUUUUUAAAAAAGACGAUGACCAUAGAAAUUGGCUUAGCCUUAACAGAAUAGCAAAAAUGGUUAUUGUACCGCUUGCAGUGGUUUUUUCAUUUAAAUUCAUUAGGAUGCUUGAUGUAAAGCUAUUUAACUUGAAGUGCUUUACAGCAGAGUUUACUACAAAAGCAGCUUUUUAUAAACCACUUAUAUUAUUUUCUUACGUAAGCUUACUGAGUGUUAAUAUUCCAGUUAUUGGAACUUUAUGCUACAUUUUAAUAGAAUUUUCUACCGGGAACAUUGUAUAUGUGCUUGCCCUUGAUUCCUUAAUAUUCAAUAUUCUUGUGUUUAUGAUUACCAUAAUUGACAUUUUCAUGAUGAAUAUGGAGCUCAACAAAGAAUUGAAGGUAAUGAAAGAUAGUCAAAUGGCAACUGAUAAUAAUUUUACUAUAAAUACAAUGAGGGAUGCAUUUGCAGAAACUAUGGAAGAUCUAACAUUAACCAAUUUUGCAAGUAUUAGCUCCCCAUUACCACUUAGCAAGCAAAAAUACUAUGUGUCUUUUUCUCACAUUAUUUUCUCUUUAAAACACUUCUCAGCGCUAUAUGGUCAUAAAAAAAUGUUCUAUAUAAAUUAGUUCAAAAAAAUUUCUCUAUUAAAACGUAAAAGCCUUGCUUGCUAAUCAAAGGGGAUGAGUAAGAUAAAAAAUGCAGAAUUAGAAAAUAUGGGAGAUCUAGAGUAUACUCAAUUAGGAGGUAUAAUGAUAAAAAAUGCAAGUACAGAAGCCAUGGCAAGAAAUGCAAGCGCAGAAACUAUGGUAAAAAAUGCAAGUGCAGAAACUCUAGAUGAUAUCAUUUAUGCUGAAGAAGCUAGCUUCAAGGUAAACUACGAGGAUAUGACUUCAGCAGAAAAUUUGAAUGAAAAUGAAAUUUUCAUAGGCUACGGAUCAGGUGCACAAGUUUGGACCAUGAGUUUUCAACAUGAGUCUGAAACUAAUGUUGGGCUUAUCCCAUUGCCUCCUGUAAAACCUGUAUAUCGUCCUCCACCUCCUAAUAUUCUCGAAACCAUCCCUGAAGAAAGCGUUUUAGAUCUCACGCUUUCAGAAAUGGACAUAGAUGAUAAAAGCAUCAUCAAAGUACCUCACAUUCCUUCAGGAAAAAAUAUUAAAGUAAGGAAGUCUUUUGAUGGGGCUGAAAUCUUAGAUUUAGAAUCCAUUGAUGAAAAUCCUCAGCUGGUUGACCAAAACCUGUAUUCAAUUGAGCGGGUAAACCCAAAUGAUGCAAGAUUUGGGACUUUAAAAGAAAUAGGCUCAAAUAAGCUGAUAACUGCUAAAAGAAACUUCGCAGGGGCAACAGUUGUUGACGUAGAAACUGAGGAUGGAAAAUGGCUUAUUGGAAAACACGUCAGCAAAGAAGAAGAUUUUGAUUUCGCAAAUGCAAUUGAGGACCCUAAAAACCCAGAAGCUGUAUUAGUCACCCAUAAAAGAACUGGAGUGAAGUGCAGAGUUAAAAAAGGCUUCAAAGGACUGCCAAGACUUGAUAAGAAAACAAAUCUGCCUUUAUUCAGAGAAAAAAUAAUUGACACCUAUGACAUUGAUUCAGUUUUUGUAGACCCUAAGAAUUCUCAUUACGCAAAUCUAGUUUCUGAUGGAAAAGAAAUCAGGGCUAGGCGAAAUUUUAUAGGAGGAAACAUUCUAGACGUCCUCACAGAUGAAGAAUUCGAAGCGUUAAAAGCAGAAAUGGCUGAAAAAAAUGCUAACCGAAAAAGAGAAAAAAAAGAAAAAGAACUGGCCAAGCAGCAGGAAUAUGAAGCAAGAAUUAAAGAAGAGCAGGAUAGAGAAAAAGAAAGAAAAGCUAAAUGGCUUGAAAAGAAAGCAAAAGCAGAGCAAAAAGCUAAAGAAGAGGAAGAAGCGAGACUAGCUGAAUUGCAAAAAGAAGAAAACGAAGUUAUGAUGUAUGAAAUACCAAAUUUAGAGCAAAAUGUGGAUACUCAGGCUAAUACGGAUACCCAGGCUUUUGUGUUUAAUAAAGAUGGAUAUGAAGAAGAGCCUCCAGCAUUUACCACACCACAGAGCAAGAUGUUUACAGAAACCUUUUUAAGCAAUUCUUCGAAAAAAGCUGUCACUCCUGAAGGGAUUUCAAGUUUAGAAGCAAUUUAUUUGCAGAGGCUUGAACCUGCAAAAAAUAAAAAUAUUUCAAGACCGAAAAAGAAAGGGAAAAAGCUGAGACACUUCAGCCCAUUCAUGAACCCAACGACUGAAGAUAGCUUGCUAAAUCAAAUAGAAGAUUCAGUUUUGAACCAAUUAAAUAUAGGGCAAGGCCCAGCUGAUUUAGAUUUUGAGUUGAUAAGGAGAAAGACUGAUAAUGUUUAA